AUGAGACUCGGUAGAACAGUGGCCGACGGGGAAAAUUGCAUAAUUUCUCCGUUAGCUGAUGCUCCAUUAAACCUGCAGGAUCACAACCCCGCAUUGAGUCUUUUUCAUUUGCGAUGCUGUUCCGGAUCCCCAGAAAUCUAUCCUCGUUCCUUGACACAAGCACUAGGGUCAUCAUUGAGGCCCAACAUGCUAUUACUAUCUCAUAUUCUCAACUUCUCCCUCCUUUCAACGAUUGGUGUGGUGUAUGGACAGGAAUGCGAGAAAGCCGAAGACUGCAGCCUCAAUGGGGUCUGCUCCGAUACCAAGACAUGUAUCUGUGAUCCAGGUUGGCGUGCUUCCGACUGCAGCGAACUGGACCUUCGGCCAGUAGAGCGAUGGACAGGAUAUAAUCACACCAACAUCACCCUGCCUGACUUUUAUCGUGAAGGAGCAGGGAACUCAUCCUGGGGAGGCCACAUCAUUCAAGACCGCGAGGAUAAUCAACUCUUUCAUCUAGUAGUCUCGCAAAUGGAUCGCGGAUGUGGUCUUUCUGGAUGGCGACCAUUUAGCACUGUGAUUAGGGCAGAAUCGCGAACGGGACCCCGUGGGCCCUACACAUGGGCCCAGGAACUCUUCAGUACAUUCCACCACAACCCAACAACGAUGUGGAGUCCAUCAGACCAGAAAUAUCUGAUGCAUUUUAUCGGCUAUGACUGGGAAACCCCCGACACAUGUCGCUCGAUCAAACGAAACAAUACCAUCUCCGUGUCCAGCUCCCCAGAUCUGCGAACAUGGGACACCCCAACAGAGCUACUCAUCAACGUCACGAACCCAGCCGCUUGGCCUCUUUGGACCCCCAAAAGUCAAACCCCGGAGAUGCUCCUAGCGACCGAAAAGAACAACAUAUACCUUGCAGCCAACUAUACGGGUCCAUACACUCUGCGCGUAGAGCCGGGGAACAUCGAAAUUGACCCGUCGCUCCGUAGCGAGGAUCCGUUCCUCUGGCGUGACAAACGCGGCCACUGGCACUUUCUCGUUCAUCACAUGGUGGAUAUUGCACUGGGAAACAAGGGGCCUCGCGUGGGAGCCCAUGCUUUUGCAAAUAGGUGGGAAGGACCCUGGCACUAUAACAAUAUCACUCUGGCUUAUAACACAACGGUGAAAUUCACUGAUGGGACGAGCGUCGACUAUUAUCGGAGGGAACGGCCAAAGCUGUAUUUCAGUACAGAUGGGGAGAUGACCCCGUUGUAUUUGAUCAAUGGCGUACAGGAGUUCAAUAGCUCGGCGAGCUAUACACUCAUUCAGCCGAUCGGGAGCGGAUGGAGAAAAUAUGAAAGAGGUUUGGGGUUUGACUGA